AUGUCUAUAGAACCCUUGUUUUGUGCAGCCCUGCAAACCAAUAAAUCACCACUGCUCACUAUAGACAUAGAAGGAAUCACAGACACUCAAACUGCUUUGAUUGAUUCUGGUUCUUCCGCUAACUUCAUUCAUCCCCAAUUUGCCUGUUCUCACAACAUUCCACUCAUUGAAUUGGAUUCCCCAUGCUGUGUCAUUGGCAUUCAUGGCAAACAAGUCCAAAACCCUAUCCGCUUCAAGGCUUGGUUAGUCUUUAGCUCUCAAAACAGGCAAUUUUCCGCCAUCUUCUAUGCUCUUCCCCUUGGAAACAGAAACCUUAUCCUUGGAACCCCAUGGCUCAAAUUGGCUAAUCCAGACAUUGAUUGGACCACCAUGAAAGUUUCACUCUGCUUAGCUACAGAAGCACAAGCUGGCAGCAUCAGCCCUGAGCCUCAGAACCUCCCUGUUGAAUUCCAGGAGUUCCAGAAAGUGUUCAGUGAAGAGUUCUUUACCACACUGCCAGAACAUUGCCCCUAUGACAUUGCUAUUGACCUGGAAGAAGACAAACAGCCUCCCUAUGGCCCUAUCUAUUCUAUGACCCCUGCAGAGAGAGAAGCACUCAAGGAACACAUUGACUCAGAACUUGCAGCUGGGAAGAUUGUGCCAACCACCUCACCAGCAGGAGCUCCAGUAAUGUUUGUAAAAAGGGCUGAUGGGAGCCUUUGCUUAGUGGUGGACUAUUGCCAGCUAAAUGCCAUCACAAUCAAGGACAGAUAUGCACUACCCAGACAGGACAAGCUAACUGAGAAAUUGCGCCAUGCUAAGAUCUUCACAAAGCUAGAUUUGAGGAAUGGAUAUCACAACAUCAGAAUCAAGGAAGGAGAUGAAUGGAAGGCUGCAUUUUGCACUGCCCUUGGUCACUUUGCUCCCACAGUCAUGCAAUUUGGCCUUAGCAACGCCCCAGCUGUGUUUAUGCGCUUCAUGAACAACAUAUUCCAUGAUUUACUUGACAUCUCUGUGGUUGUGUAUUUGGAUGACAUCUUGAUCUUCUCAAACUCAAGAGAAGAGCAUGUGGAACACGUCAAGGAAGUCUUAUCUUGCUUGCUGAAGCAUAAUUUAUUCUGCAACCCUGCCAAAUGCUACUUCUUUGUCACAGAAGUCACCUACAUUGGUCUUGUGAUUACUCCUGAGGGCAUCUCCAUGGAAAAGGACAAGGUGCAAGCAAUCAUGGAUUGGCUUGAACCCCAAAAUGUGAAACAGAAGGAGCAACCAUGGAUCUGGCUAGAAGAACAGAAGGCUGCAUUUGACACAAUCAAGGCUGAGAUUUGCAAGGAGCCUGUUCUAGCUCACCCUGAUGAAUCCAAACCUUACACCUUGGAAACAGACACUUCUGGAGCAGCCAUGGGCGCUGUACUAUCUCAGAGAAAGGAAGAUGGUUGUCUACAUCCUGUUGCAUUCAUGUCAGCCAGCUUUUCACCUGCUGAGCUGAACUAUGACACGCAUGAUAAGGAGCUACUUGCCAUCAUUUGUGCAUUUGAGCACUGGAGAAUCUUUCUGGAAGGAACUGAGCAGCCUAUCACUGUGUUUACUGAUCACAAGAAUCUGGAGUACUGGAAAUCAGCUAGAACGUUCAACAGGCGUCAUUCACAGAAACCUGAUGCCCUGUCAAGACAACUAGAUCACAUGGACUUAGAACCAUCUCCACAAGUUAUGAUUCCAGAAUCUCACUUUGAGGCAUUUUCAGCACACAUAGAUUUGUCCUUGUUGGAUCAAAUCAAGGAAGCUACCCAGGAAGACCCUAGUCUUGACACAAUCUUGCUAGCUGUAUCAGAUCCUAAAUCCAUGCCCCACAGCAUUGCACAGAAGUUCAAGGACUAUACAAUACAGAAGGGUCUACUUCUGUAUCAAGGAAGAGUAGUUGUGCCAGAUGAACCUGAGAUCAAACAGCAACUCUUAUCUCACUUCCAUGAUUCUCCUGCUUCUGGUCACCAAGGAAGAGCACAAACUCUAGAAAGCAAGGGCCAUGCACACAACUAUGCUCUCAACCUGCUUUCUGUCCCUGCAGGUCCCUGGGAAGACAUCUCAUAUGAUUUCAUUGUCAAGUUUCCCAAGUGUAAGGGAUAUGACAGCAUCCUGGUGGUUGUAGACCGCUUCUCAAAGAUGAUGCACCUGGUUCCCUGCAAAGAAACUGCUACUGCCAAGGAUGUUGCUCAGAUGUUCUUGGAACAUCUCCUCAAGGCACUCUAUAAAUCUCUGCAAAUCACUCCUAGUUUCUCUACUGCUUACCACCCACAAUCUGAUGGACAAACUGAGAUCAAGAACCUAUGGCUAGAGGCUUACCUAUGUCCCUUCAUCAAUCAUAGACAGUCUGAUUGGGUUGAUUGGCUCCCACUGGCUGAAUUUGCUCACAACAAUGCCAGAAGCAAAGCAACAGGCAAAUUGCCCUUUGAGAUUGUGUAUGGAUGUUCUCCUGUCAUUUCACCACUCCUGGAACCCACUGGAUUGCCUAUUGCUGAUGACAGAGCCAAGCAACUGGCUGAGACAAUUCAGGCAGUACAGGCAUCAAUCAAAUGGGCUCAGGAGCGCUACAAACAGGCAGACACAGGGAAACCACCUCCUGAGUUUCAACCAGGAGGCAAAGUUUGGCUUCUGGCUUCCAAUAUCACAUUGCAGUGCCCCAAUAAAAAGCUAGACCACAAACAAUAUGGCCCUUUCCCUACCAUGAAGAUCCAUGAUGUGUUCCAUGUCAGCUUAUUGUCUGCUUUCAAACAAGACACAGAGUUUGAUUGCACAUUCACCCCUCUGCUGCCUGUAAUCACAGCAGAAGGAGAAGAAGAGUACAAAGUAGACAGAUUUGUAGAUUGGGCAGCAGAAGACAGAAUCUGGAAGUACAGGGUGAGAUGGAAGGGAUAUGCGCCCCAUGAGGACACACAGGAACCAGCCAAGGAUCUACAGCAUUGCAAGGACAAAUUGCGCAACUUCUUUGCCAAUUACCCAGAUGCUCCAGCAGCCAACAAUGCCAUCUGUUAUGGAUAUGACAUUUCUUCAAUAAUCUACUUUGCCUAUGUAAUGGAGGCAGAGGAUGCUGAGGGGUUCUUUGGUUGUCUCAAGGAGUGCCAACCUUGUGACAUGGCCAUGGGGUAUACCAACCUCAAGGCCUUUACUGGUUACUUCUACAGGGACAGGGGUGCCCUUCCUCAGGGUGUGUGUGAGCCCAAGGCCCUUAAGAAGGCUACAGUUAAUUUGCCACUGGGUGUUCAGGAAGACAGGGAAGUCAGCCCUGGCUUGUUCUUGGGGCCACCAUAUUAG